UUGCUCUCUGUCCUUCGCCCUUCACCCUUCUGUCCUUCGCCCUUCCCCCUUCUGUCCCUCGCCCUUUGCUCUCUGUCCUUCGCCCUUCCCCCUUCUGUCCUUCGCCCUUUGCUCUCUGUCCUUCGCCCUUCCCUCUUCUUUCCUUCGCCCUUUGCUCUCUGUCCUUCGCCCUUCCCCCUUCUGUCCUUCGCCCUUUGCUCUCAGUCCUUCGCCCUUCCCCCUUCUGUCCGUCGUCGCCCUUGCUCUCUGUCCUUCGCCCUUCCCCCUUCUGUCCUUCGCCCAUUCCUCUCUGUCCUUCGCCCUUUGCGCUCUGUCCUUCGCCCUUCUCUCUCUGCCUGAGUCGCCCUUGCUCUCUGUCGUUCGCCCUUCGCUCUCUGUCCUUCGCGCUUUGCUCUCUGUCCUUCGCCCUGCCCCCCUCUGUCCUUCGCCCUCCUUCGCCCUUCCCCCUUCUGUCCUUCGCCCAUUCCUCUCUGUCCUUCGCCCUUUGCGCUCUGUCCUUCGCUUCGCCCUUCUCUCUCUGCCUGAGUCGCCCUUGCUCUCUGUCGUUCGCCUUCGCUCUCUGACCUUCGCCCUUCGCUCUCUCCCCCUGGCCUUCGCUCUCCCUUGCCAUGCGGCCAUCGGUCGUGCCCGCCGCACGCCGGCGGCUCGUGUCAGUGACAGCAUGAUCGCACAUGGCGGGACAUCGUGA